UGCGACGACAACACUCUUUCAACUCCUUCACCUCUACCACCCUCUCCCGCGACCCUCAUUCCCCUCCCCCACAUCGUUGUCACACACACACAUUCACACGCACCCUCCAACCUUCCCCCUCCUCUUCCCCUCUGUCCCCGCCCAGCACCAGCAACGUCUGUCGCCAGCUCUCACGUCGUCGGUCGUCCUGUCGCAUACAAACUACAGUCGCUUCCCCGUCCCCAGCCGGCAGCGCGUGCUACUAAUUCUUCCCUUGCAACGUCCUCGGUAAAUGCGACGCCUGACAUAACCCACACGGACAUGUCGCGCGCAGGAUAUGCCGACUUCUUUCCCGCCGCCCCCUCGGUCCUGGCAAAGAAAGCCCAGGCUGCAAAGGCCGCGAAGGAGAAGGUACGGAUACAGCAACACGACGAGUAUGACCGGGAUCGAGAUAUCUCGGGUGCACUGUCGGCAGGCAGCACUGCUUCCUCGACCGCCUCCAUUCCUACAACCACGCAUAGUAAUUCGCAACUAACUCCUGCUACGUCGAGUUCGUCGCCCCCGGAUGAGAAGAAGGCUCUUCCGCCUCCAGCAGUCGAGCAACCGCGACCGGCAAUCCCGACACCCAAGGCAACUCCACCGGCACCCCAGCGAAGGAAUUGUCGCGCCGAAUAUGAUCCAUUCCUCGACGAAGACUCUUCGGCGAAGAAGAGCGGCAAAGUAACCUAUCGCUACGAUGGUGAGGGACUAUCUAUGCCCGUACAAGACCCCCGGAAAUCCCAUCCCGACUAUACCCUAGGACCCAAAGGCGGUAAGAGAAAAGUGCGCACUGCUUUGGGCCGAGUGAAUUGGGAGUGGGACCGCCAUUACAUCGGGCCCGGGCCGCCUGCGCAAAUCAUGGUUACCGGAUUAUCCCCGCUCACCACCGAAAGCGAAAUUUUGAUGAACUUCAGGACGUUCGGCGAUGUGCAGAAAUUCGAAUUGAAGGUUGACCCGACGACUGGCGGAUCCCUCGGAAUUUGCAGCGUCAUCUACCGCGACAGCAAAGGCGACAAGGUGCUCGGCCACCAUUCGGCCAGGAGCGCAGUUCAGAAGGGAAACCAGAUGAAGAUCGGGAUGCAAAACAUCAAGGUAGUGCUCGACCGGGAUGGGAUGAAGUGCUCGAAAUAUGUGGAGCGGAUAAUGGAAGAGAAGCGGAAGAAGCAAGACGAAUACAUGCGCAGAGAUGCGGAGGCCAAGCGCAAAGAGCAGGAGGUCAGGCGCAGGGAGGGGGAAGCUAAACGGCGAGUAGAGGAGGUCAAGCGCAGGGAGGAGGCCCGAAACCGACCGCCGCCACCACCACCACCGCCGCCCCCGGAGAGAGAACGGUCACUACGGACCGCCUCGGUUUCCCCAAACGAUCCGGACAGCCAUUUCAUCAAGCCGCGACCACAGAACUACAAAGCCAUCAACGACCUCGGACGACGGCCGGCGAUAUUCAUCUCUUCGAGGUACAUUCCAGGAGAGGUUCGAUUCUGCAAGCAUCUGUACGGACGGUUGAAGAACUUCGGUGUUGAAGAUGUGCUAUGCGAUAAGGAUGGAUUUUUCGUUGUGUUUACCAACUCGAGAGGAUUGGACAAUUGCUUCCGGAUGUGCGAUGGUGACCGCCUGUUCUCCUACCAAAUGCGCAUGAAGAAGUACCCUCGAGGAAACCCGAACGCCUCUGCUGUGGCCGCACGGCAAGCCUCUCGCUCGCCUUCCCCGGCACCGAGACCACCGAAGAGAAAGCUUGAGAGAGUAGACGUACCCCGCGAGUCCCAUAAGGCCGCCAAAGCCGACUUGAAGACCACGCUUGCCUCGGAUAUCCGGAGGCGAAUCGCUGAACCGCACAUAUACGACUUGUUGAACCCUGGCCGACUCGAGACUCGGAAGAAGCCCGAGGAGAAAGAUGACAAGACGGACACUGACGCCGCCUCGACGCCUGCCUGCGAUUCCCCGUUACCUCCACCCUUCACCGCAGCUGCCGCUCCCGAAGCGCAGCCAUUGCCUGCGAACUUGAUCACCGUCCUCCCCCGCUUCAAAAAGCACAAACCCAAACGGCUAGAAACCCCGACGUCCAAUGCACUCCGUGGGCCUAAGGGCGACCGGGGUAAGAGGAACGAAGAAGCUAGACCACUGGCUCAUAGAUUGAACCAUUACGACGGCUCCGACGAUGAAUCCACGACUACGGAUCAGCGCCCUGUGUCGCGCGGCUCGGUGUCUAGGGCGUUGUCUACAGAUAUCGGCGAUGAUGAUUCCGUAAGUUUGGCGCCAUCAUCUCUGGCGGAUAUGCGGAGCAGGAAGCGGAAGCGAAGUAUCGGAGCUCGAACACCGUCACGACUCAAGGAUACGGCCAUCUCCACGGACGACGAGGAUGACGAGGCUGUCGAGACGGCCAGUCCAGAGCAGGAGGCGAAUCCGAUGGAGGUUGAUGACGAGCCGACCGAAUCGAGCCUGCAAGGCUUUAUUGUCGGUGAUGAUGGCGAAGAACACGCAAACCGAAAGAAGGCCAGGAAGGUGGAAGCUACUAAGCUCGCAUCUGACGAAGUCAGUCACAGAGCAAUCCUCGAUGAGGACGAAGGGGUGGACAUCACAAGCCUUGACGACUCCAAAGAAGCCGACCUCUACCAGAAGCUCACCGAUGAGAAAACGGAGGCAGCUAUCGAUCUGUUCUUGGAUCAGAUCGAAGCUGAGAAGGAUGGUCCUCCGCCGGUUGUAGACAUGUCCUGGACGAUUUCUAGCACAAUUCUGCCCAAGGUGACAGUUGAAGAAGAUACAGAGAUGAUUAUGGAUCUCGAUGGAUUGCAGGCAGUGGUUAUGGACGAUGAGGAUGUGCGGUUCCUGAAGUUGGCGUUGGAAGAUACAAUCCCGGCGAAUGUGGGGAAUGUCCACCUGUGGGCUUGCAAGAUGAAGGAACGCAAGGCGGCCAACAGGGAGGGUAAGCGAGGUCCCACCUAUACCGUUGAAUCGAUCGAGGGGUUCUAUCGGCCCAACCGUACCGGUUGCGCGAGAACCGAGGGAUAUCGUAAGAUUCCCGAAGCCGAAAAGUCCAAGUACCUUCCGCAUCGUCUCGCUGUCGCAGCCAAGCGCGCGAAUGCAGCUCCCCACGUCUCGCCACAGCAUUCAUCAAAGACCACGACGACCAAGGUCCCCGUCUCUUCCUCCCGCGAAAAUCGGGUCAACAACCGACGUCUCGUCCAGGAGCUCAACAAUCAGAAACAAAUUCUGUGCGGUGAUGCUGAUAUCAUGCGUUUCAACCAACUCAAGAAGAGGAAGAAGCCUGUUCGGUUCGCUCGGUCCGCAAUUCACAAUUGGGGACUGUACGCCAUGGAGAAUAUCCCGGCGAACGACAUGAUCAUCGAGUAUGUCGGCGAGAUCGUCCGCCAGCAGGUGGCCGACAUGCGCGAGCGCAAGUACAUCAAGAGCGGCAUAGGAAGCAGUUACUUGUUCCGGAUUGACGAGAACACGGUCAUCGAUGCCACCAAGAAGGGUGGGAUCGCGCGGUUCAUCAACCACAGCUGCACCCCCAACUGCACUGCCAAGAUCAUCAAAGUCGAGGGCACAAAGCGGAUCGUUAUCUAUGCAUUGAGAGAUAUCAAAGAGAACGAGGAGCUGACCUACGAUUACAAGUUCGAGCGCGAGCUCGACAGUGACGAUCGGAUUCCGUGCUUGUGCGGGUCCAGCGGAUGCAAAGGGUUCUUGAAUUGACCGGACGGCUUGCGCUUCUGUUUUCAUCUCCUUUUGUUGGUGUCCUGGGUGUCGUUUUUUUUCCGGGUAUAAUUUUUUUUUCUUGUUUGAUCUUUGACCUUUUCUGUGUUUUUUUUUGGGUGUUUCGAAUUUCAGUUAGUAUUCCGUUUUUUUUCAUGAGGGCUGGUGUUUUGUCCUUUCUCUUUCCAUUAUUCUUCAUCACCAUGGUGCGCAACUUCCUCCUCCUCCCUUCCUUCCGUACUGGGGAGUCUCUUCGUUUUAUAAACUUUGUGUACUUUUUCUUUUUGAUCCCCACCACCACCAUCACC